AUGCCCUAUCCAAACGCCCAAGACAGCGUGGAUGAACUGGAGAAGGCUUACGAUCAGCUCGUCAAGCAGUUGCCCGCAUGUUCCCGUGAUGAGAGCAGCAGAGGCCUUACGCUGUAUGGGUUUCUCCAGAAUGACAGCGCAUCCAGCGAGUUCUGUCGCUUGCUCGACCGAUGCCCCAGAUUGGUCUCCCUAUUGCAGGACACGACCCAGGAGCACACGAUCUUUCUUCCCGCCAAUGAAUAUUGGAGACAAGAACAUCGUCUUCGAGAGGCCGCAUGGGGAGACGCUGAAGACCUCAUAUCGUUGCAUCUCUCUCCUCACUAUGUCACGACGGAAGGUCUCCUGCAUAUGCCCAACGUCCCGACACUGCUGAACCCAGCAGGUCUCAAUGGUCCACAGAUCAUACGGGCACGAGCCUCUGGCAGCAGGUGGGAGCUAAACAGUGCCAGUCACAUAGUGGCAGGGAAUAUCAUUUGCAGCAAUGGCGUGAUCCACAGGACCGACCGACCUCUCGUGCUCGCGCCAAAUCUCAUGGACGUCCUAGAAGUCAACGGUCUGCGGCUAUUCAGGACAGCCAUCAAAAGAGUAUCAGAUGGCGAAGGCGACGCCGUGUUUCCGUCCAACAGCAAGGGAGGGACCGUAUUCGCGCCGGCCGACGACGCCUUUGCGAAGCUGGGGAGGCCCACCGUUCAGUUCCUCUUCGAGACAGAAGCCGGUCUGCCCUAUCUUCGAGCUCUGGUUCAAGUGCACCUGGUCCCCGACCUUACCUUCUUCAGCAACUUCAUCUGGCCGCAGAAUAACACGGGUGGGCGGCAAACGUCGAAGGAUGAGCCUAGGACAAUUAAAGGGCGCAUCAGACGGGUGUUGCCAACGAUGCUGAAAGACACUUCUGCCGCAGGAGAAGCGGUCACCAGUGACGUGACAAUCGUGAGAUACAAUUGCGUCAUCUCCAUGUAUGUGAAUGGCAGGGCGAACGUGGUCCAACACGACCUCGCCGCGAACGACGGGGUUGUGCAGGUUCUAGACGAGGUGCUUUCGCCGGGGGAUAGAAAGGUCGUCCAAGAUGGGGAGGGAGAAGUGAGCCUUGAGCGGUUCAAGGACCUUUUGGCACCAUUUCUUGGCAUCUGA